UGCGCCCAAGCUCAUAAAAGGCAAAAAGCGUGUGUGGUUUUCGCCCUGCCGCGAAUCUUCGAACGCAAGCGCGUUGUUAUCCGCAGACUUUGAAAAGCAUUCGAGGGACCGCGCGCCUGCUCCCGCCGUCGCAGUUUCUAGCGCGACGUGCUUGUUCCACCCGUGGCUCGGAAAAAAUGGAAAUAGAGGUGUGACCAGAGUACUUUGGAGAGCCAGGGGAGUUUCUGACUGCCUCGCUGGUUAAGGAGUACCCCAGAGAAGAGAAGGCACUGGAGUAGGAAGAACUCGCUGCCAUUUGUCAGUCAAGUCCCGGGGGAGGGGCAUCAAGGCGCCCCCGUAUACCACACCAUGGCCCUCGUGUCUGCUGAUUCCCGCAUUGCAGAACUGCUCACAGAGCUCCAUCAGCUGAUCAAGCAAACCCAGGAAGAGCGUUCGAGGAGCGAACACAACUUAGUGAACAUCCAGAAGACCCACGAGCGGAUGCAGACAGAGAACAAGAUCUCUCCCUAUUACCGGACAAAGCUGCGUGGCCUCUAUACAACCGCCAAGGCCGAUGCAGAGGCUGAGUGCAACAUCCUCCGGAAAGCCCUAGAUAAGAUUGCGGAAAUCAAGUCUCUGUUGGAAGAGAGGCGGAUUGCGGCCAAGAUCGCGGGCCUGUACAAUGACUCGGAGCCCCCUCGGAAGACCAUGCGCAGGGGCGUGCUGAUGACCCUGCUGCAGCAGUCAGCCAUGACCCUGCCCCUGUGGAUCGGGAAGCCCGGUGACAAGCCCCCGCCCCUCUGUGGGGCCAUUCCAGCUUCUGGGGACUACGUGGCCAAACCUGGAGACAAGGUGGCUGCCCGGGUGAAGGCCGUGGAUGGGGAUGAGCAGUGGAUCCUGGCCGAGGUGGUCAGUUAUAGCCAUGCCACCAACAAGUAUGAGGUAGAUGACAUUGACGAAGAAGGCAAAGAGAGACACACCCUGAGCCGCCGGCGGAUCAUCCCACUGCCCCAGUGGAAGGCCAACCCGGAGACAGACCCCGAAGCCUUAUUCCAGAAGGAGCAGCUCGUGCUGGCCCUGUAUCCCCAGACCACCUGCUUCUACCGUGCUCUGAUCCACACGCCCCCGCAACGGCCCCAGGAUGACUAUUCGGUCCUGUUUGAAGACACCUCGUAUGCAGAUGGUUACUCCCCUCCCCUCAAUGUGGCCCAGCGGUACGUGGUGGCUUGUAAGGAGCCCAAGAAAAAGUGAAGCGGCCUAGCAGACUCACAGUCUCCUGACACCCUCGAAGGGGGAUGCAACACAAGAUUUUGUGAUCAAAUAAAUAUUCCCCCUCCUUG